CAAAGCAGUACAACUCUUCUUUAGCUUUAGCUGUAAAUAUAGCGAUUUCAGGAGUUCGUUUACGUGUCGAACUACAGGUGAAACUGGGUAGAUGAAUGUUAACGCCAAGUAAACUCGAACAGUGAAAACAUGGAGACUCAGUAAAGGCUAAAUGCCGCUCAGUAGCCCUGAAGUACAUAGACUUAGGAUUGUACGUCUCCACAGUUGGAGCAAUUUACUAACAGUCCCCUAGUACGGUGGAGGCCUGCAGCCAUGGCAGGGAGGGGUCGUGGAUCUUCCUUUACCUUCAACAUUGAGGCUCUGGGCAUCGCCAAGGGCAGCAUGCCAGAAGCCAGGGUGGGGCCCAGUCCGCUGUUUCCACACACAGAAUUUAAACCAGUUCCGCUGAAAGCUGGCGAGGAUGAGGACUACAUGUUGGCCUUGAAACAGGAGAUGAGGGGAACAAUGCAACGGCUGCCACACAACAUCAAGCCUCAGUCCAAUAAAGCAGAAGUGGAGAGAUACACAGAGAGAUACCUAAAGCAAAGCCAGGUGGAGGAUGAGGAAUGGAUUCCAGACUGGAGCCUCUUCCCAAAAGAACUGAUGCCCCAAAAGAAAAAAACUCAUGCUAAAACAGGCACAAAGAAGAAAACAGUGAAGAUGUCCCUCAAAGACUCAGAGGACAUGCUGAGAAAAUUAGAUGCACUGGCAAAGAAAGAUGACGGGAACCCUGAAAAAUCAGAUGAUGAGACUGAAAAGAAAACAGGGAAUGAGGAUGAAGAGGAGGAAAUUGAAGAGGAAGAUUAUGAAGAAGAGGAUGUCGAAGAGGACAACGACUACAUCGAAAGCUAUUUUGACAAUGGUGAAGACUUUGCCGCAGACAGUGAUGACAAUAUGGAUGGGGAAGCAACGUACUGAGACUGUGUGACACAAGCCUGUGAACUCAAACAAGCGUAAGCUGUUGAAGUGAACAAUCAUUAUGUGAUUGUUUCUAUUGAUUUAAUAUUGUAGAUAAGAUGGAAAUAAUGUUCAGCAGAGUGAUAGUUUUGUUUGCAUUGUUUUGUGUGAUCUUGAGAAACAAGCUUUCCAAAAUGACCUUUGUAAAUAGGAAAUGCCAAACUAUGUGCACACUGGCAAUAAUUUAUUCAAAAUAGAUUAUUUAUUUUCCAGCCUGUAGCACAUUUCCACAGGUUGAAAGGCACAUACAGUCAACAACAACACAAAAUGCUUUGUCAUAAAAUAUCUAGUGAACACAGUGAUAAAAUAAAAGGGCUAUAUAACAAAGUCUAAAAUUUCACAUAAUUAUAAGUUUGAGUCAUUGUGGGAAUACUGUGCAUUUCCCCAUUUUCCUCACCAUGCUCUUAGAGUUUUUUUUUAUGAAAAAAAAGUUCUCUCAGGCAAGCUCAAAGAAAGAAAAAUUCAAGCAACUUUCAUGGAAUUUCAGAAACAUAAUUUAACUGGUAUCUCCCAAUACUGAUAGUGUAAGUAAAAUCUAAUCCUAAAUAGUCAUAAAAUAAAUUAAUUCUGUAUUUAACACAAUGGCAGCAAUCAUAUUUUUCCAACAAAAGGCGUUGAAAAAUUACUAACAUGGCAAAAAAUUCUAUGGAUUUGGUUUGAGAAGCUAAAUCCACAGAACUAUCGAUCGUCUUAGGGUAUGGCCACUGAUCCAUCGCAGAAGAAACGGGUUAAAGAUUGCAUUUUUGAACUCCCUGUACACAGUUUGCGAGAAAAUGGUACUGAAAAUGCAACAGCACAGAUGAAACAAGCAACAAAAACACCUCAGGUCUCCCACUUUCACUGAUGACAGAAACCCCUGAAACCUUUCAGUCAGUACCAAAAGGUUCAGCUUAUUACAACAUUUGUCAGGCAAAGGUGACACAGCUGACAGAGACAGCUGGACCCAUUUUCAGUCCAUUGAUGCUUAUAAAUGUAAAUGGACAGACACAAGG